AUGGCUUCCAAUCUGACCGUUCUAGUCAAGAACAUCAAUGCCGAGGCUGACGACAGGGAAGUUCAGGACUUCUUCAGCUUCUGCGGCAAGAUCACCGAUAUCAAGGUCACCCCGGGCGAGGGCAAUACCAAGGAUGCCAGCGUCACGUUCGAGAAGGAGACUGCCGCCAAGACGGCCCAGCUCCUGAACAACACCCAACUCAAGGGCAGCCAGAUUUCCGUCGCUCCCGCCGACGGCAAGUCCGACGACGGCACGCCCCACGCAAUCCACGCCGACCGCGCCACCGACGAGAUCACGCAGGAGGAGAAGCCACGAAGCCGCAUCCUUGCCGAGUACCUCGCCCACGGAUACGUCGUCGGCGAUGCCGCCCUCCAGCGUGCGAUCGAGCUGGACCACAAGCAUGGCGUCACUAACCGCUUCAUGAACACCCUGAUCAACCUCGAUCAGAAGUACCACGCCACCGAGCGUGCCAAGGCGACUGACCAGUCCUACGGCAUCAGCCAUCGGGCCAACAGCAUAUUCCACGGCCUUAGCUCGUACUUCGAGCGGGCCACCACUUCACCCACCGGAAAGAAGCUGGUCCAGUUCUACACCGACGGCCAGCGCCAGGUGCACGACAUCCACGCCGAAGCCCGUCGCCUGGCUGAUCUCAAGAAAGAGGAGCACGGCGGUAGCGCAUACAAGGCUUCGGGACUCGAAAGGGUCUUCGGCAAGGAACCGGAAAAGCCCGCUCAGCCGGCCGCCGGCGCUGCCACCGCUAGCGCUACGGCCGAUCCUACUGCAGCUCCCGUCCCCGGCCCUAAAGCGGGUACCGAGGGAUCUGCUCCGCCAAGCACCACCACGGCCGCCCCCCCGAAAGCACCCGGAGAUGAGAAGGCAUAAGGAGAAGAAUGGCGUGGAUAGUUUGAUGAGCUAGGAAUUGCGAUGAUCUGCUCGAUAUGGGAAUUUCCGUGCCUUUACGUGAGCCGGCUUCGCUAUCCAAUGGGUGACAAGGGUACCUAUUAUCUUGAUAGCUUACACAUGCGUGUCCUUCCUGCUGUCUACUUGUACGGAGAGUUCGCCGGUAGAUAAUAAUGUAACUGUAUUGGUCUUCGAAUCCUAACUGCUAGCACUUGAUAUCACGAUAGCUUCCUAUGCUAUGAUCCCUGUCGAGUUUCCUUCCCUCAUAUAUCACGGAAAAAGGCAUAGCGAACUGAACAACACUAUUGCCACAAUAUCUGCCAGCAAUGUGUCAAAUUUUAUUAGCAGCCCCGCCUCAACCCAUUCGGAUCGUAUGACGCGUGGUUUAAGCAACUACAAAUUCUGUCACGUUGAGACACACUAAAACCCCUCCCAGACUCCCUACUGUAUUUUGUCAUUUUAUGUAGGUAGCGUAGUACUGAACCUGAGGACAAGCAC